UGGGAGGGUAUGAUUCAGGAAAAAUGGGUCACAUUCUUCUUUCCAGGGCUGGCCUACAUUCAAGCUGGGUGUAAGGAAAAGGGUCUUGCUUUGCUUCGUAGGUCAGAGCCUUUGGUUGGUGCUGCCUCCUGCAGAGAUACCAUCUACGGGGGUCUCAUGCUUGCCUAUUGUGCAGAGAACCUGACUAAUGACGUUUACCGUCUCUGGAACUUGGCCAAGGCCUACGGGAUUUCCUUUGACAGCUCCACAUUUUCUCGCAUCAUCACUUCACUUACAAAGACUGGCAAUCUCGAUGAGAUUCUGCAAGACUGGGAUGAGUGUCCCAGUCUUGAUCUCAAGGACUUUGGUUUCCAGAACAGAUGUGCCAAGGAGGAGGCCGAGAAGGUUGUGAAUAUGCUUGGGAAGAAGGAGAGCAAAUGGGAGAGUUUGGCUCACAAGGUACCUAAUUUAGUGGAG